GGGCUGGCGCUGGUGCAGUCCGCCAGAGACAAAGAGGAGCAGACGGAAGCGUACAUCAAAAACGGACAGCUGUUUUACCGCUCUCUCCGCAGGAUCGCCAAAGACGAGGAGCUGCUCGUUUGGUACGGGAAGGAACUCACCGAGCUGCUCUUCUGCCCUUCCCGAUGCAUGGGCAAAAUGAACGGGUCGUCCUCCUACACAUGCCUGGAGUGCAGCCAGCAUUUCCAGUUCGAGUUCCCCUACGUGCGGCACCUGCGCUUCCGCUGCCCAAAGAGGCUGCACAGCGCUGCAUCGCCCCCACGACGACCAGGGCGCCAAGACCACGGGGGCGGCGGCGGCAAAGACCAGCAGCAGCAGCCGCAGAGGCAGGACGCGCCGCUGGGCCCCAAGUUCUGCAAAGCGGGCCCCAUGCACCACUACCGGCCCGCGCCCCCGACGGCGCCAAUGCGCCCGCGGGCCCGGAGCGGCGGCGGCAGCAGCGGGGGCGCGAAGCCGUCCACGGACUUCCACAACCUGGCCCGGAGCUGGAAACUUCGCGCGGGGGGCCGCAGCUGCUCCCGCGCCCAGGCUGGAGGUGGCGGUGGCGGUCGGCGGUGCGGGCGCCACCAGGAUGCCGAGCUGGUCCCGACAGCCGCGGCCGGCGGCAAAGCCAAGAGAAUUUCCGAGGACGCGGCGGACGGCGCGGCGCGGGGCUGGCGGGGGCCCCGGUCGCUUCCCGAGCGGCCCCCGCCCGCGUCCAAGGAGGACCUGGUGUGCACGCCGCAGCAGUUCCGCGCGCGGGCAGCUACUUCGGGCUGGAGGACCACGGGGCCGGCUCUUCGCCGCGCCGCCCAGCCGGAGACGGGCGAGGCCAAGCGCAGCGCCUUCGUGGAGGUGAAGAAGGCGGCGCGCGCGCGGGGCGGGCCGCAGCAGGACGAGGCGGCAGGGACGGCGGGCGUCGCCAACGAGGACCAGGACGCUGCCGGCGGCGGCGGGGGUGGCGGGGGUGGUGGAGCGGAGGGGCCCGCCACGCCCGCAGCCGCGUCGCCGCCGUCGUCGGGGGGCUGCGUUCGUCGCGGACAAGCUGCUGGCCCGCGGGCGCCGGGCCGCGCUGCCCGGCCGGCUGGACGGCGCAGCCCCGGCGGGCAGCGCCUUCACGUCGGUGCCGCAGCUGGGCGGCGGCGGCGGCGGGAACGCGGGGACCCGGCGGCGCGGGCACAACGAUCUGAGCGAUGCACACAGUGUUUCGUGCCAUGGGUUAUCGUACCUAACCGGCUAUACAAACAGGAGGAACACAGGCCCCAGGUUUAG